AUGCGCGCGCCGCCGCGCUCCGCACCUUCGCUCCCUCCGCCGCCGCCGCCGCGGGGCCGGGGAGGGGGAGGGGGGCCUCUGGCAUCUGCCAGUACUGAUGCAGGCACUGCAGGGGCCCUGACUCCACAGCAUGUUCGAGCUCACUCCUCUCCAGCUUCCCUGCAGCUGGGAGCCGUAUCUCCUGGGACACUGACACCCACGGGAGUAGUCUCUGGCCCAGCAGCUACACCCACUGCUCAACACCUUAGACAGUCUUCUUUUGAGAUACCUGAUGACGUACCUCUGCCAGCGGGCUGGGAGAUGGCAAAGACAUCUUCUGGUCAGAGAUACUUCUUAAAUCACAUAGAUCAAACAACAACAUGGCAGGACCCCAGGAAGGCCAUGCUCUCCCAGAUGAACGUUACAUCCCCUACCAGUCCACCAGUGCAGCAGAACAUGAUGAAUUCAGCCUCAGGUCCUCUUCCUGAUGGAUGGGAACAAGCCAUGACUCAGGAUGGAGAAAUAUACUAUAUAAACCAUAAGAACAAGACCACCUCUUGGCUAGACCCCAGGCUUGACCCUCGUUUUGCCAUGAACCAGAGAAUCAGUCAGAGUGCUCCAGUGAAACAGCCACCACCCCUGGCCCCCCAGAGCCCUCAGGGAGGAGUCAUGGGUGGUGGCAAUUCCAACCAGCAGCAACAGAUGCGGCUGCAGCAGUUGCAGAUGGAGAAAGAGAGACUGCGACUGAAGCAGCAAGAACUGCUUCGGCAGGUGAGGCCACAGGCAAUGCGGAAUAUCAAUCCCAGCACAGCAAAUUCUCCAAAAUGUCAGGAAUUAGCUCUCCGUAGCCAGUUACCAACACUGGAGCAGGAUGGUGGGACUCAAAAUCCAGUAUCUUCUCCUGGGAUGUCUCAGGAAUUGAGAACAAUGACGACCAAUAGCUCAGAUCCCUUUCUUAACAGUGGCACCUAUCACUCUCGAGAUGAGAGCACAGACAGCGGACUAAGCAUGAGCAGCUACAGUGUCCCUCGGACCCCAGACGACUUCUUGAACAGUGUUGAUGAAAUGGAUACAGGUGACACUAUCAACCAAAGCACCCUACCCUCACAGCAGAACCGUUUCCCAGACUAUCUUGAAGCCAUUCCUGGGACAAAUGUGGACCUUGGAACACUGGAAGGAGAUGGAAUGAACAUAGAAGGAGAGGAGUUGAUGCCAAGUCUACAAGAAGCUUUGAGUUCUGACAUCCUUAAUGACAUGGAGUCUGUUUUGGCCGCCACCAAGCUAGAUAAAGAAAGCUUUCUUACAUGGUUAUAGAGCCCUCAGGUAGACUGAAUUCUAAAUCUGUGAAGGAUCUAAGGAGAUAUACCUGAAAUUUCCAAAUAAGCCGGUUGUGAUCUUCUGGCUAAUACAGAAAAAGAUGAACAAACGUCCAGCAAGAUUCUUUCAUCCACUGUUUUGCUCUUCCUUGUCCAUUGCUGCUGUUAAUAUAUUGCUGACCUCUUCCAUGUUUGGCUCUAAAGAAUCAAAAAAAAACUUUUUUUGUUUCUUUUGCUAUUAUAACUACUGUUUGUUUUGGGGGCUGGGGGAAGUGAGCCUGUUUGGAUGAUGGAUGCCAUUCCUUUUGCCCAGUUAGACGUUCACCAGUCAUUUUAACUAAAUAUUCAGACUUGGAAGUCAAAUGCUUCACGUCACAGCAUUUAUUUAGUUUGAGCAAUUGUUUCUUCAGCUGCCUUUGGCCAGUGGAAAAACAUGACUUACUGGUCUGACAAGCCAAAAAUGUUGUAUCUGAUAUUAAGUACUUAUGCUGAUUUGAAGAGAUAGCUGAAACCAAGGCUGAAGACUGUUUUACUUCCAGUGGGGUUUUUUUCCUCCUAGUGCUAUCAUUAGUCACAUAGUGACCUUGAUUUUAUUUUAGGAGCUUAUAAGGCUUGAGAUAAUUUCCAUAGAAAUA